GCCUUAAAUUUCUGCUUACACAAUUAUUAAUAUAUGAUUACAAGAAUUCAAGCUCACCAACGAUGUCACAUUUAGCUGUCAUCACAAGAAUGUCCCUUUUCUGAAAAUGAACAAUUUUGCUGAUGAGUUCUUGUUUUCGAAAGGGAGCCUUGGGAGCAACGGUAAAGUUGUCUCCGUGUAACCUAUAGAGUCAUGGGUUUGGGUUCGAGCCAUAGAAGCAGCUACUUGCAUUUCCGGACCCUGCAUGAACUGCGUUUCCCGGACCCUGCGUGAAAGCGGGAUGCUUUGUGCACCGGGCUGCCUUUUUGAGGCAGUUCUUUUUUUCGAAGGGGGGCCUUGGAGCAACCAAAACAGAAGGUGGCAGGUGUUUGAUAAAUCUGUUUGUUUGCUGAAGGACUCAUGGAUUUCUAAAAUGGGAAAGAGAAGAAACUGGUUCACCUUUGUCAAAAGAUUUUUCAUUCCUGAGACAGAACCAACAGCCGAUCAAAAGAAACCAAAGAGAUGGAAAUGUUGCUUUAUGAGAAGGUUCAAGUUGAGGAAAUGUCCUGCCAUAACAUCAGCACCUCAGCAAACAUCAGCUGAUGCGAAAGAAACACCUCAGCAAACUUUAACUGAGGCGAAAGAGCAGCAAAUAAAACAUGCUUUGGCCGUUGCUAUAGCAACAGCAGCAGCUGCUGAGGCUGCUGUAGCUGCUGCCAAUGCUGCUGCUGAUGUUAUCCGUCUAACGAAUACUCCAAAUGAAUUCAGAAGGAAACGAAAACAAGCUGCCAUUAGAAUCCAAAGUGCUUAUCGUGCCCACCUGGCCAAGAAAGCAUUAAGUGCUUUAAAGGGUCUUGUGAAGCUCCAAGCAGUGAUUAGAGGUGAAAUUGUGAGAAAAAGACUCACUGCCAAAUUGAAGUGCAUGUUGCCACUUCAAAAGUCAAAAACAAGAGUUUAUCAAAUUAGACUCCCUUACUUUGAAGAUUAUCAUGACAAUAAUGACAAGAAACUCAUCAAUAGCCCCAGGGAAAGUAUGAAAUCUAAAGACCUAGAGCUUAAAUGCAAGAGCCUAAGGACUUGGAAUUUCAACUUGGCUUCAGAACAAGACAGUGAAGCCUUGUGGUCAAGAAGGGAAGAAGCCAUUGAGAAAAGAGAGCAUUUGAUGAAAUACUCGUUUUCACAUCGGGAGAGAAGAAACGAUCAAACUUUACAAGAAGUAUUAACCAGACAGCAAAACAGAAGAACCUGCAGGUUUGAUCAGUUGGCAGAAAUUGAGGCACCAAGAAAAGCAGGCUUAUUUGACAAAUUGAGAUCAUUUACACACUCAAAUAUUCCUCUAGGUGACAUGAAUGGGAUGACGCAACUUCAAGUGAGAAAAACGCAUAGAGCAGAUUGCAUCGAGGACCUACAUUCUCCUUCUUCACUCCCAAGAAGAUCAUUUUCUAAUGUAAAACAAAAGUCAAAUAUUGAUGUUAACUCUUUACCAAAUUCUCCUAUAUUUCCUACUUACAUGGCUGCCACAGAAUCUACAAAGGCAAAAACAAGGUCGAUGAGCACACCAAAGCAACACCUAAGGUUUGACGAGACAUAUUCGGGUCAAUGUUCUCCUUAUAACCUCAAAAUUUCUUCUUGGAGAUCUUUUAACGGUGAAACGAGUGACAGUACCAGAAAGAGCAGAACUUCUAGCAGAUAGCUCUGAAUGUACAAGGUGUUUACCAAGAUUGAAGAAUUUCUGUUCUUAGAUCCCAUAUAUUUUCUAUCAAGCUUAUUCUAGAUUCAGGACUGCUUUGUUACAGCUCAAAAAACCUGGCUCUUGGAAGAACAUGAGCGUCGUGCAUUAUUAUUACUACUAUUCUUAUAACGACAGCAUCCACGCCGGCUUGCUCUUAUCUCAACUAUUUCACCGAGUAUUGUUAACUUCAACCAGUACUAGUACCGAGUAACUCUGUCCACAAAAGAUGAGUGUUGACUUGUUUAUGCAGUACAUCCAGCAAGGGAAAUCAGAAACUCCUAGAUUUACACCAUUACUUCUAGACAUGAAAACAAUCAGAAACUGGAGCUAUAAUUAGAGAAAGCUCCUUGCUGAUAACCAGUGGACAUCUUUUGUUACUGGUUUUAACACUUCCAGUAACUUCCCACAGUGAGUAUAUAGUUCAAAAUUUUCUCCCUUUC